AGGUGUUCAACAGAGCUGAAACCCCAGCAUUCCGAUAGAGCCCCGCGCGUAAUCGUUCGAUCAUAAUUCUUGCUUUCUUUUAAAUCUUCAAGCAUCUUUCCCCCUCCACACCUUCCACAAAGGAAGCAAAAUGACGCGGCACGACAUGCCCUUCCUCGUUCUCAACCUCGGGGUGGAGAUGAUCUUUGUUUUGCACUCGCGGCUGCGCGCUCAGGCUGUUCCACCCGACAAGGCAGAGGACGUGAUGCGCGACAUCGGGUCCAACCUGUUCAGCUCCGCUUUCGUGGCCGAGCUCUUCACGCCACAGCCGCUGUACACGCCGGCCUCCGUGUUGCAGGUCUUCGCCACCCUCUCCAACAGCUCCGUCAUUCACCUGAGCGACAACUCCAUGAAGAAGCUAUACGACUUGGUGUUCAUGACCGUGAAGUAUCAACUCCUGACGCUGCGUCAUCCGCUGGAGCUGUACGAGCUGACGUUGAACCACCUCGACACCGUGCUGGAGCUGGUGCCGACGUCGGUGUACCCACGCGUCGCCGAGGCAGCCGCGAAGGUGCGGGGACUCGCCAGUGCCUUCACCGUGGGCGACUGGGCCACUCUUCGUCGCUCGCUGCUAAACUUCUUCGGUGGCCGUCACGUGCGGGUCUCCGUCUUUUUGGAAAACAAGGUCCAGAACGCGGCGACGGGUGCGUUUUAUAUCCCGAGAGACACGUACCUCUCGCCGGCGCCAUCGUGCCGGCCGCCCGGUCUGGUCUACUUCACAAAGGUGAACGCCAUCGGUCACUUCGAGCAUUCCGACGCGCGGCUGCCGUACCCGCCUGCGAUCACGGUUGGCCAGUGGGACCCCACCAACCGCACCACACGCAUGACCACGAACGGCUUCAACAUGUACGCGGCGUACCGGUCAACGUCAACCUCGACUUCUUCUGCCGCGGUCAGGGGCAAGGACAGCUUCGCAGAUCCGCUGAGCAAGCAGACCCGGGAGAUGCCGAUGCCGCGUCCGGCGGCAAGUCCUGCCGCGGCGACACACGGGGAUCACGCCGCUAAUCAAGUUCCUGCUGUGUCGACGAGUGCAAACUCGCUCUCUCAGGCAGAGCAGCAGCGCGCCUACGACGCAGCGGCAAACUACCUGGCAAAGAUCGCCGGUGCGACAAAUCGCGCACCCGGUCAGCAUACCUUCGAACUGGAGCUGUUUGAAGAGCCCGCUGGUCACACGACCGUGAGCUCGAUGGCCUCUUCCACUGCGUCCAAGACGGUCACCAAUCCUCUUCCCUCACCAUCUCCUUCCGCGGCUGCCGCCACUGCUGCCGCUGCUUCGUCCUCCCCAGCGGUGCCACUGUCGCGCAUGACGGCGAGCGCUGUCCAGGAGCAGAACAAGAAGCUGCUAGGCAUUAUGAGCGAUUUCGACAGCCGCAGAAACGGCGACGUCGGUUCCUCCAAGCUGAACAGCGGCAACAACGGUGUUGGUGGCGGGGGCGAUUUGCUGGACAUCAUGGAUGAGGUUUGA